AUGAACUUGUGCGGCCUCUGCGGCGUGUACAAAAUUGUGGUUGAGGCGGUUAUUGAUGGGCGUCUGCCGGCAUUAUUCCAGGGAGCACGGAACGAGACUGAAAGAGAUCAGAUUCUUGACGAACUUGUGGUAGGAAGCAUUGGCCUUACAACAGCCAAUACCGAGGAGAGCAUGGAUCUGCUCGUCAAAGGAGCCUAUGUCCGAGUCUCUCUCUUUAUAGCCCCCGAAGAACAAUCUGUUUUCAGAGUCUCAAGUAAUGGAGAUGAGGAGGUUGGCUUUCCCAAAGAGACGCAGUAUGGACCGUCUACAGACUCUAUUAGGAGCUUUGCGAGGGCACGACAAUGGCUUCGACAAUGUCUGGACCAUCACGACUGUGGAAAGAAUCGCGACCUGUUUUACCCACGCAGGCUUCUUGAUCUUCGGGAUGACCAAGUUCGUCUCAUCGAGACUACCAAGACCAAUGAUUUUCAGGGGCCAUACGUCUGUCUAAGUCACCGCUGGGGCGACGCAAAGUUUUCACGAUUGAUAAGCACGACAGAAACCAUCCACAGCCGUAUGGAAGGAAUCAAGUGGGAGGAAAUCCCCAAGACAUUUCAAGAUGCUAUCACUAUCUGUCGACGUUUAAGUGUGGACUAUCUGUGGAUCGAUACGUUAUGCAUCUUGCAAGGCUUUCCUGAAAUGUCGGACAAGCAAAAGCGAAUAACGGGCGCGGAUUUCGCAGCUGAGAACUCAGCCAUGGCACGCAUUUACCGGAACUCCUACUUUACCAUCUAUGCGAGCGUCUCAACAAGUAUGGCUAGUGGUAUUUUCUCGUCCAGGCGAUACGAAAGUCAUCAAAUCAAGGUCAGUGAUGUCAGUGGCAACGAAUCGAUCCUGCGCAUCAGAGAAACGACUUCGCAUUUUACACCGCCCACAGAUCUGGAGACAAGAGGCUGGACGUUCCAGGAAUAUUUGCUCCCUUGUAGAGUUAUUGAAUUCGGGCCGUUCGACAUUUCCUGGAAGUGCAACCAAACCUACGUCUGUGAAUGUCGGCAUAAUACGGGGGCGGCUCAUUGGCGCGAGGAGUUAGCUCGACGUGCAUUGCCACCUCAGAAUGCUGCAGAGGCUGAGGAGUGGUGGGCCGGCAUACUCCGACAAUACACAAUGAGGCAUUUAGCAAAGGAUGAGGACAAAUUACCUGCUCUCUCCGGGCUAGCACAGCUGUAUCGCCAACUGACGCGCGAUACUUAUCUGGCGGCAGCCCGUGCUCCCUCCUGGUCCUGGGCUUCGCUUGAUAUUGUCAACGACGCCCAGUGCCGCUUCUGGUGGCCAAGAGUAUCGCUUUCUACGAACCCUCUCAUGUACGGAGACGGCGCUACACCGCGGCCGGUAUGCACCGUAUACGAAGCCUCUUGUCAGCCGAUGACGGAUGGUCCGUUUGGUGAGGUGAUAGGGGGUUUCGUCGACCUCGGUGUGAUGCUCAUUUCUGCGAGGAUCGGCAUCAAGCCUCAAGGGAAUAACAGCUUUAGCACGGCUGGCCAUGUAGCUUGGACACUGGAUUAUGUCGAAGACGGCACAGAUGUUCAAGUAUGUCUAGCUGACUGCAGCUUGGAUGAUGACGGUCUGCAAGUUGAAGAUGAAGUGUUUUGCGCGCCAAUCGUGGAGACACUUUCGGAAUCAGAGUCAGACAGGGGCUGUCUGGUGCUCAAGCGCAUGUCAGAAGGAUCAGAAUUCAGACGCGUAGGCUUUGCCGUCUUGCGCAAGCAGAACCCAAGCUGGGAUCGGGCGAAUGGUCCACUUAGAAUGGACAGGGGAUGGGGAUACAAUGAGCCGGAUCUAACGACUCCAGAAUAUGCCGAGAAGGUUCAGAGUUAUGCCCUGUCGUACAACUCAAAUGUACUGUGCCGUAUAAGAAUUAUUUGA